CAGGAGGGGAGGCGUGCGCGGCGGAAGCGCACGCGGAGCCGGCUGGGGCGCGCCUGAGAGCCGCGCUCACCCGCGCCGCCGCCGUCUGGGCUGGGAACCCACGAGGCCUCCGCGCCCUGCCCUCGGAACAAUGGGAGUCGGCUCGCGAGGCUUCUUGGCCGCGCUGGCCCUGGGGGUAGUGCUGGUGAUAGCGCUGCUGAAGAUGGUCGCCGACAGCACGGACCUGGACGGAUCUCAAGGCACAAAGAAGUCUCUGCUUACAGAAGACUCUAAUGCUACCCGAACAGGGAGCACCCCACAGGUGCCUCUCAGCCACACAAAUGAGUCCUCCACCUUGCCCAUGAAACCGUCAUCAACAACUCCAGUUUCCUCAAAGAACGUAACAACCACCACCUUGAAACCCACAGCAAAAUCAUCAGUUCCAGUUUCUUCAAAGAACAAGACAACCACCACCUUGAAACCCACAACGUCUAAAACGACACCACCAGCGAUCUCAACAAACAAGACUUCUACCACUGCAAGGUCUACGCCCAAGAUAACAAGUGCUUCGCACAACACUUCCCGGAUGUCCACAUCCACAGUGACCACAGCCCACAACAGUUCAGUGACUUCUGUUUCUUCACCUGUAACAAUCACAGCAACUAUUAAUUCUAAGGAAAACAAGGGAUCCAGAUUCGAUACCGGCAGCUUUGUUGGCGGUAUUGUACUAACGCUGGGAGUUUUAUCUUUUCUUUACAUUGGAUGCAAAGUGUAUUAUUCAAGAAGAGGCAUUCGGUAUAGAACCAUUGAUGAACAUGAUGCCAUCAUUUAAGGGUUCCGAGGACCAACAGAAAGAAGAAAGACUGAAGCAGCCCAAUUGGUUUUGGUUUAUUAUUAGUUUAAAACAGGAUUCUCUUCUUGAAAAUAGCAUAAACAGGCCACGCAUAUAAUGUACAAUGUAUUGUAUAAAUAUGUAAAGAUUCCUCAUGAUUGCUGAAGGAAAAAAGGGUUUGGUUCGGGGUUUUUUAGUGACCAUGUGGACCGUACAGUUAAUGCAGUGGUUAGAACCACUUCUACAAAAUACACAGCAAGACAAGGCCCGUCCCCUUGUUUUGCAGCAUUAGUUGCACAGGCCAGUGAUUAGAAGACAUCGCCACUGAAGGGCCAUCUGGUCACACAGGGAGCUUGUCGCCGCACUCAGGGUGGUGCCGCCUUUGUUGCUCACACAAAGAGCUUCAGUGCUCGUAAGAGCUGGGUUUAUCCUAGUUACUAAAGUCACAGAGCAGAAUUUAUACAAAUAAGCCAAAUCUUAAGUGUAACUUUAGCUUAGGUGUCUCUUCAGAAAACAUCAAUGUUUCGUAAGUUUAAAGCUUAGUUAUUUGGUUUACAAACAAAACACACACCCUCCCCCACCAAAAAAAAAAAAAAAAGAAAAGAAAACCGGAAACAAUACCUAGGCUUGGCCUGUCAGAAAGCCAUCGGAGAGCCUGCAUUUUUAAAGGCCAUCUUUUGAGCUUUCAGUGGCAGUUGAUAUAAUUACUUUUUUUCCUCUCUGUAAUUUCAGUAAAUUGAAAUGUUUAACGUGAUAAUGUUUUAAAGACUUAGCUGUUAGUAUUAAAUAGAUUUAUGUGCUACUGUGAGAAUACUGUCACCACUGGAAACUGCUUUAUUUCAUAUUCAGCUGUUAAUUUUGUAUUUAGUGAAUAUUUUUCAGAGAUGUACAGCUGCUUUCGGUAUCUAGAAAUGAUUAUGUAGUGUAAACACACCUAACUUUAAAAAAAAAAAAAAAAGAA